AUGAGUUUUCGCGGUAAUUGCGAGGAAGAAGAUGAAGAAGAAGAAGAAGAGAGAAGAGGGAAAGGCAGAGAAGAUCGUGUGGUUGAGAUUAGAGCCGCCUCAAAUCGACGGUUUCUGUUCGUUGUUGACUUCGUCAACGUUCUUCCUCUUCCUAACGUCCUUUACGGUUCUGUAUCUAUCUAUCUGCCAUAG